GCAUUCCCUCAAGCCAUAUCCAGUAUACAUUUGGAGGAGGUCGAACCGGAUCAUAUUGUCCGUUGCACAGGCAAUGUUUAUAUGAUUUUAAGAACUCUUGAAUGGAAGCUCAUCAAUUGAAGGAAGUAAUUUUUGCGUAACUUUUGAUGCUGUUGCACUGUUGGUCAUCCCUAAAUUGGACACUUUUUCUCCUCUUUACUUUUUCUUUCACACUGCAUGAUGACGGCUACUGAAGUGGAAUCGAAAGUGGAUGCUAACAGCAUCGUGCUGGAUUCCCCUGAGCAGGAGAAGAUCCUCAACAUAAUGAACUACUCUCAACGUGGACGUAUGGACGACCAGCGUUGCACUUUGGAUCCUACCAAACCAGCACAAAAAAAAAACACAUCUGCAGAUUCAAGCAAUGACGACUUCUUUCAGACCUUGGCCAACAUGCAGGGGCACCGACUCGAUGACCAGCGGUUGACCCUUGCCUCAUUGCCAGGGUUCAACCAGCAGAGCCAUCGAGAUGAUGCACCUCAGAGCCUGAGCACUCCUGAUACAAACAAGAAGCUGCUGUCUGUACCAGCCAGCCCAGUGCAGAUUGCCUCUCACCGCGACCCAUCCACGGCCAUACAAGGGGCAUCACCUUCUGAACAACAAAAGUUCAUGACUAUGAUCAGCCAUGGCCAGCGUGGACGCAUGGACGACCAACGCUGCUCAUUGGAUCCUAGUAAGAGCGCCCCCUGCACACCAAAACACACAGAAGUAAAGCCAGCUAGUACAUCCCCCACAGGUGCAGAUGCUGAAGAGUUCUUUAGUCUUUUGGCCAACACUCAGAGCCGACGGCUUGAUGACCAGCGAGUGACUCUUCCUUCAAUGCCAGGCAUUCAGAAUGAUAAGGCCACAUCCUCUGCUGGAGGAGAUUCAGGCUACUUGUGCUACAUGGUCUCAAAAGUCCAGGGUUCCAGAAUGGAUGACCAAAGGUGCUCCUUACCCCAAAUCAGGUCCUCUGAUACCCAGUCUUCACCAAAAAAGGAUUCCUCUGAGUCUGGUCCUCCACGCUCAGCCUCCUUUAGCCCCGGCACAGACAUAGAGCGACCUAAGAGCAAAGAUCAUCUUAAAACAUCCCAGAAUCAGGAUGUAACUGCAGCUGACCAGGAGAAGUUUCUUUCCUUGAUGCAUCAUGCCCAGCGUGGGAGAAUGGAUGAACAGCGCUGCGUCUUAGGGCCCGGCAGGACUCCCCAGUCCACACCCAAACAUGAUCAAAGCAAGCCCACUCACAGCACUGCAGCCUCAGGUCCAGAAUCUGAAAAGUUCUUCAGCCUCUUGGCUAAUACUCAGGGCCGACGGCUUGAUGACCAGCGAGUGUCUCUUCCCUCAUUACCAGGGAUACAGAAUGGGGGCACCACAUCAAGUGCUGCAGGAGCAGAUGCAAGCUUCUUGUGUUACAUGGUCUCCAAGGUCCAGGGCUCCAGGAUAGAUGAACAGAGAUGCUCUGCACCCCACAUCCUCCAAAAUCUGGGUACUCCAUCUGCCCAGAGGAAACCUGAGGCCAGUUCUGAAAGCUCCAGUUCAACUGGUCCUUCUGAUCAAGGUGGCCGGAGGUCUUCCUCCCUCACCCGUGGCAAAACUGACCAACCCCGGCAGGAUGUUUCUCAAGCAGAGGAGGAGCAGUUCCUAAAAAUGAUGCAUCAUGCUCAGCGGGGACGUAUGGACGAGCAACGCUGCUCUUUACAACCUAGCAAGAGUACACCAGUUACACCUUUACACAACGGAAGUGCUGGACAUAUUGCGCCCAAAGGGGAAGAAGCUGAUGACUUCUUCAAAAUCAUUGCCUCCAGCCAGGGCCGGCGAUUAGAUGAUCAGCGAGUUGCACUUCCAACCUUACCAGGCAUAAGUGGCUCCUCUGAUAAAAAACAGACUGAGAAUAACCCAAAAGUUGUCCACGUUACAGUGAGAGUGUCCAUGAGUUUCUCACCACAGCAGGGGAAAAAAACUGAUGACAAACCACCUGCAUUCCCAGAAGUCUUCCUAACUCUAGGAGCACCAGGAGAAAACCUUGUUGUCCCUCUGACUCCAACACCGGGCAGACCCCUGUCCUUAAAUCUAAACCUUAUUCCGAAAGACGACGGCAACUCCAGGCUCUGCUCCCCAAGCCAUGGAAGCCCCAGGAAGGCCCACUCAAGACCAUCAUCUCCCAACGCAAGGGCAAACAAUAAGUUCCCAAAUGAAGACAGGAAGCGUACGACCAGUCCUAUAAGCCUAGAUGAGGAUUACUUCUCUCUGAUUGAGAGGGUUCACACAGCUCAUGUGCAGAAGGCAGAGCAAGGAAAAGGAAAGGGGAAGGGAGCUGGAAAGAAAGACAAGAAGGACGGUGGCAGGAAAAGAUAGUCAAGUAUGCCUCAUUGUAAACGAUUAAUUUUGAUAAGUAUGUUUCUUUAAAAUUAUUCAUUUGACUGUGUUUAUGACAUUGUAGGUAGGUGGCUAGGUAUGUAUAUAUAAUAUAGUAAAUUAUACAUAUUUUUGUGCUAGCUUAUUGUUCCAUGCAUGCAUUGUCUAUUUUGUUUCUAGCUCAAUCAACUAGGCUAAAUGUGAUUUUCAUCUCAUUACUUUGGAUUUUCAACUAUAAAUGAAAUUUUGAUUAUCACAGUUUAGCAAUUUAAAGGUACAAUAUGUAACAAUAAUUUACUUGCUCAAGUUUUUUUUGCAUGGAAAGAGGACUAGCAAAGUACGAAUUCAACUGUAAAAUGUUUCACUGUGCAUAUGACAAUAAAACUCUUGAAUCUUGCUGA